AUGUUCUUGGCGCUACUGUGGAAAUUUGAGGCAAACUUAUUUUUAGCAGUCACAUACAAAUGGCGAGCUAUUCAAUACGGUACUACUUGGUACCACAGUCAUAUCGGACUCCAAGCGUGGGAGGGGCUGUUUGGUGGUAUUGUGGUCAAUGGACCAGCCAGUGCAAACUACGAUGAAGAUAAGGGGGUAAUUAUCAAGAAUGACUGGGAUUACAAUACAGUGGACCAGCUCUUCAUGACUGCUCAGAAGGACGGGCCGCCAACUCUUGAUACUGCCUUGAUCAACGGGACAAAUGUCUUCGGCACUGAUGGUACAGUGAAUCAAACUGGAACUCGCUUCAAUACCUCAUUCACGGCAGAACUUCUUACAGACUGCGCCGAUCAAGUGUCGGUCGCCAAGAACUUCUGGCUAUGUGCGAUUCCCCAGAAUGCCUGCUCAGAAAACGCGAACCCAACCAACGUCAAGGGAUUCAUAUACUACAGUGACUCGCCUUCAACUCCUUCUACCACUGCCUACAGCUAUACCAACAGCUGUAUUGAUGAGGACAUGUCGGAUUUAACCCCGAUUGUCUCGGAAACAGUGUCUAGUCCUUUCUACAACAAGUCCGAGCCAGUGUCGCUGGGUAAAAACGGUGGCAGUCUUUACCGCUUGAUUAACGCCAGUGGUGUUGUUGAGCUUCCCCACAAGAAUGUGUGGACCUAUGUUGUCAUCGAAACGUGGAUGUCGGUCCCGCAUCCAAUUCAUCUCCAUGGCCACGAUUUCGUGGUGCUCGCUCAAGGAGGUGGGACGUAUACUGGGGACGUAACUACCCUCGCUUCUCCGCCCAAGCGUGACACGGCUAUGCUGCCUGAGAAUGGAUACUUGGUCAUCGCAUUCAAAACAGACAAUCCGGGUGCUUGGCUGAUGCAUUGUCAUAUUGGAUGGCAUACUGAGGAAAGAUUUGCAAUCCAGUUUGUGGAGCAGUACAGUGAGAUCAACUCACUGAUUGACUAUGAUAAUCUCCAUGCUAACUGCAAAACGUGGGAUACAUUCGAGAAUGGACUCAGUGUGAAAGAAGAAGAUUCGGGGAUUUAG